AUGCCAAAAUUUUGGCCAACCAUCCUUUUAUUUUCUGGCUUUGUCUCAGCGCUUGCCUCUAGCCAGUCAUUUGAAAAUACCGCUAUCGUCCGGACAGUGGAACUUGGGGGCUCUGUCGUCCACGUCACUACAACCUACGCAAUCAAGUCACUCACAGGAGCCUCGAAUGUCUACACAAUUGCAAUCAGCCAUGAUGAGAGAGAGCAUACUAGUUGGCUAGAGGCGAAGGUGAAGGGUCAACAACAGUCGCUACCCACCCAGGAACGCGCUUUCGACGCAACCAAGGGGUAUCACUUGGUGGAUGUCACACUACCAAAAACCCUUCCUGUGAACAAGACCCUAAAUCUUGUUCUUGAGACCAUACAAACCCACGUUACACACCCUUACCCGGAAACCGCAGCACAAGGCGACGACCAAUCUCUCAAAUAUACAACCAAUCUCUUCGUCAUCAGUCCUUACGCGACUUCUGUACAACGUACCAAACUUAGAGCCCUCACCCCUCGCCUUCUGUCUCAUACUACGCCCGAGAACGUCGAAGCUUUUACGAACGACGCUCCCGUUACAACAUCUGGUGCAACCAUCGUGUAUGGACCGUAUAACGAUAUUCCUUCCUCCACAACACAUGCCUUCAUUUCGGAGCAUCAGCAGCCUAUCACUGUUCACUAUCAUCAUGAGCAACCAGUCCUCGAAGUUUCAAGGCUAAAACGAGUGGUGGAAAUCAGUCAUUGGGGUUCUAAUUUGAAUACGCAGGAUGAUAUAUUCUUACACAAUGCUGGACCAGCAUUGAAAGGCCAUUUCUCUCGUUUGGACCACCAAACUCAGUCGUACUUUAAGAGGCCCGCUCCACAUGUUCUCUCAGCCCUUACACUUCACCUCCCCGCGGGCAUCCGAAAUACUUACUAUUAUGAUCUGAUUGGAAACGUAUCCACCUCAAAACUCCGAGCAGCUGCCUCUGUUCCAAAAAAUCAGCAAGGCAGUCAAUUUAGCAUUUUGGAACUCAAGCCACGAUAUCCCCUUCUAGGAGGGUGGAAUUACAGCUUCACACUUGGAUGGGAUGCACCCCUAGAAGAUUCCGCCAGCUACGACAGGCACGAUGGCAAAUACAUCGUUGAAGUGCCUAUCUUGACUCCGAUUCCUGGCGCAGUAGUUUCGGAUGCAGAGUUGGUUGUUAUAUUGCCUGAGGGUGCCUCGGAUGUGGAAUUUUCUCUGCCAUUCCCCGCCCUUUCGACCACAAUCGGAACACAUAUUACUUACCUGGACACUACAGGGCGUCCCGCGCUGACAUUUAGAUAUAAAAAUUUGACAAUCAGACAUGCCCAGAACAUAUAUGUAUCCUACAGGGUGGCGACGUCGGCUCACCUAAAAAAGCCAUUCGCUGUGGCGGCCGCAUUUUUCAGUGUGUUCAUCCUUGCGAUGUUCGCUCGGCGUGUCAACGUUACGCUUCACCAAAAGAAAAAGGCCGUGUAA